ACACAUCGUGAUGAUAAAAAAUAAUGGGGGAGAAAAAAAAAAGAAGAAAAAAAAAGCAUAUAAAUGAAACGCAGCAGCACGACACACGACAACCACAGAGAAAUAGCGUUAGCAGCCCCACAGGCGAUAUAAAAACAAGGCAAUGGUUCCUCGGCGACCACCCACACAGUGAAGGAGUCAGCGCUCAGAGGGAGCUGAGGUGGGAGGAGGACGACGACGCCAUUGCAGCCGCAGCUGGCCGUUGGCCGUUGGUGAUUCGACUGAGGACGUUAACAACGGUCACUAUGUCGGAGAGCUUCCGACCGUUACUGGGUCAGACUGUGGAAACAGACGCUGUCUUUGAGGAGGAGAAAAUGUGGAGCCACAGCGCCGAACCAAAGCAGUCCUUCCCCUGUCUGGUGGCGCGGCCUCUCACCAUGAACACCAGUAGGAACUGCACGGCGGUGGGGAAUGGUGAGGGUCUGGCUGCCCUGGAGUCCGUCUCCAUUGUGACCAUCACACUGCUCGCCUGCCUGGGGAACCUCUUGAUUGUGGCAACCCUUUAUCGCAGGCCUUACCUGCUCACACCCAGCAACAAGUUCGUGUUCAGCCUGACCCUGUCCAACCUGCUGCUGUCCACGCUGGUGCUGCCGUUUGUUGCCGUGAGCUCGGUAAAGAGAGAAUGGGUGUUUGGGGUGGUGUGGUGUAACUUCACCGCCCUGCUCUACCUGCUCAUCAGCUCUGCCAGCAUGCUCACCCUCGGAGCUAUUGCCAUUGACAGGUACUACGCAGUGCUUUACCCGAUGAUCUACCCCAUGAAGAUCACAGGAAACCGGGCGGUCGUCGUCAUCGCCUACGUGUGGUUACACUCCCUGGUCGGCUGUCUGCCUCCUCUGUUCGGCUGGUCGUCCUUCGAGUUCGACUGCUUCAAGUGGACGUGUGUUGCGUCUUGGCACAGAGAGCCGAGCUACACCGCCUUCUGGGUCACCUGGUGCACCCUUCCCCCGUUCGUCAUCAUGCUGGCCUGUUACGGGGUCAUUUUCCGCGUUGCCCGCAUGAAAGCCAGGAAGGUGCACUGUGGGACAGUUGUUGUUGCCCAGGACGACUCCAGUGGAUCUCAGAAGAACGGACGAAAAAACUCAAGCACCUCAACUUCCUCUAAUGGAAGCCGGCGGAGCCUGGUGUAUGCAGGGAGUCAGUGCAAGGCCUUUGUCACCAUCUUAGUGGUGGUCGGCACUUUCCUCAUGACCUGGGGACCGUACGUUGGGGUGGUGUGCACCGAGGCUUUGUGGGGACAAGGCAGCGUGUCUCAGGGACUGGAGACUUUGGUGGCGUGGCUGUCUCUGUGCAGCGCCGUGUGCCACCCGCUUAUCUACGGCCUGUGGAAUAAAACUGUGAGGAAGGAGCUGCUGGGGAUGUGUUUCGGAGAUCGCUACUACAGAGAGUCGUUCGCCACGCGGCAAAGGACGUCUCGUCUCUUCAGCAUCUCCAACAGAAUCACAGACCUCGGUAUGUCCCCACACCUGACAGCCAUGCUGGCCGGUGGUGGCCAUCUGCUGGCCCCAGGGAGCAGCACAGGAGACACUGGCUUCAGUUUCACUCAGGACUCAUGCACAGACGUGAUGCUGCUGGAUAACUUCUCCACAGACGGCUCCUCCCACACACAGCACCACGGGCAUCCGUCGGGGAAGAGGAGGAGCUCGGUCACCUUUGAAGACCAGGUGGAGCAUUCCAAAGCUGAAAACACCAACGCGUCCUCAGUUCAAGUCCACGCAGAGGUUCACAAAUCUCUCGACACCUUUGCCUCCUGUCUGGCGAAGGCUAUUGAGAGCGAUGCUAAGCUCACCCUGUUUGGGGAGGAUCUGGGUCUGCCGGGGGGACUGUUUACAACCAGGGCAGCACCGAGACCCAGAUACCUGGAUGGUCAGAGACUGAGGCUGGAAAGCAUCGACGAAGGGAUCGUUAAAGACGACAGAGAUGAAGAAGAGCUCGAUGUGGAGGAAAAAGCAGCCUGAACACAGCUGUACAUGCUUAUAGGCCAUACUCAGUUUAUUAGUGACCUACUAUAUGUGACCAUUCGGUGCUUGUCCUGCUCUGUUUAUGAAGUCUGAUCGCUCUACUCGUGGGUACUCCAUACUUGAAAUUAUUAGAAAACAGGAAGAAGCGCAUUAUUCAUUCCACUAAGUUGGACCAAGUUCACACCAUCAGUGUCUUUACAAGUGUUUGUAUGCAUUAAUGUAAUCAAAUAGGAAGCCUUAACUACUGUAUCCUAAAUGAUCUGAUUGUAGUAAUUGGUUUAUUACUAUAUGUUAUUGUAUGUCCUCAGGACAAUAACGUGUCUCAUUAGGGCUGGGCAAUAUGAAAGAAAUACAGUUGUUUCUAAAUGACUGUUAUUAGAUCUCUUUAAAGUGUCUCCUUUAUUAUAUGUUAAAGUACGGUUGGAAGCUCAAGUUCUCUCUCAUCAGGAGCAGACGAAGAGUCAGUUUAAGCUUGUACUGCACACUGAUGGUCCACAUGUAGUUUCCACUUGUUGUGCCUGAUUAGAUCGAUCUCUUUAUUGUGUGACUGUGGUCAAACAACAAACUAUGUGAACAAACUAAACUUGAUUGAUCCUUAACUUGUACCUUUAUCAGUCUUACAGAUACAUGAUGACCUCAUAACUCCCAACAAUAAUGGUUUUAAUUACCUUGAAUGACGGACUUUGGCUGAUGUGAGGGAUCCAUAUUUGGACGUUUUUCUGUUUAUAUUAAGUGCCAACAUAUCAGAGCUGUGAGGAAAAUCUCAGUUUCUCAGUCGUACAGUAAUUAAAACCUCGUUAAUAACUUUGAUAUAUAAGUAGAGGUCUAAUCAGCCAGAAUCAGUGAAAACGAGUGCAGAGCCUUUAAUGUCAUUCAGCAGAAAUAAGUGUCCAGAGUCGUCGGGGUGAAGAAAUCACAGUUAUAGUUUUUUGUUUUUUUAUUUUCACAGGAGACAUUUUGACACGUCACAGUAGGAAAAGCUCAGGUGUAAAUAAUAAAGUUAAUGAUGGCUGACUUCCAUUUAGCUGCUUCAGUUUCCUGAAAGUCCUGUUGUUCUCACUGACUCACUGGGACACUUGAAUACAACAGAGACAUUGUUAAUGUUAUUAGUAACACCUGUGAUCUUCCUACAAUGACAGCUCAUCUCAGGUGAGCUGAAAACACCCGAUGUUUCAAAUAAAUAAUGUAAUUCAUCAUAAGAAAACCUUAACAUUAUUGUAAAUGGUACAGUAUGUCCACGUAUUGCCCAGCCCUGAGCUUCAUCAUAUGAACUGAAUGUGUUGGCCAACACUUAAAGUGGCAGAUAGGGUACUUGCAGAGUGACGGGGUGCUUAUCGUGUACCUGAUGUAACCACAAACGGGGAUAGUCCUGACAUUUCAUGAUUAUCUGCUACAGUAAUUGCACUUGAACAAGUAGUGUGUACUUGUUCUCAUAGAAACCACUCACCCAACAAAUGGGUUAAUGAGUAAAUGAAGUCCAGUCAUUUACUUUAUGUUGCUAUAUUGGUUGAUUGAAGGUCAACUCACAGAAAAAGAAAAUUGUGUUUGGUGUCAAAUUGGAGUUCUGGUCUUAAUCUACAACACUGUAAUACUCAUUGGUACUUGUGGUUUACCUCAGUUGAGACCCUCCACCGCUCCCUUUACUAUUAUAUAAGGAACUCAGAAGACAUUUGUAAUUAGUAGAGCACAAUUCUGGUGCUUCAGUCUUACCUCGUCGUAUCUUCAUAUUAUGUUUGAAUGGUACUACUUUUGUAGGAAAAAGCUAUACACCUGAGACGUGAUGUAAUCUUUUGAUUUUCACUAUACAGUAAGUAUUAAUACAAAUAUUUGCAUUAAAGUUUUGUAUCAAGAUUCUUCUAUUAAAACUUUUUACAUAAACAUUUCUGAACCAAUUUUUAAUUAUUUUUUCCUUGUUUGUGUUUCUGUGAGUUACUGAUGUUAAAGGGAACUCCACCUGUUCAUACCAUCAGUGCCGUACCAGCACGACGGCGUAUGUGAACAAAGUUGUAUAAAACCUUUCGUGGUUCCAGGGGGAGCCGCUGGUCUGAUAAUGAUAAUGUUAUAGGAAUGCAACGCUAAAUCCGUGAAGUGCUAUUUUAAGGUUCCCAAGUCCUUAAAGACUCGAACCAUCCGGAUGGAAAGAUAUCUGCUGCACAAUAUAUAUAAAAAAAGAUUUAAAUCUGUCUCAUAGUUGUGACUGUUUCCUAUUACAAAGACAGCAGCCAGAAAUAACAUAGCUCCGUCCACAAUUUGUAUAAUGUAAACCAUGUUUUAAAAAAUGAUCUAGAUUUCAUUAGAUUUAGUUCCUUUAACUAUGAGAAAUUAAUACAAUUAUCUGAGCGUUAGAAAUCUGCCCUCAUGCUGAAUUUGAUUACUUUAAACCCCAGUUAGACCAGUCUGCAGCAGGUUUACUCCUCAGACACAAGGACCUCUACAGGAGUUUUAAGUGCUUGUAAACUGGAUUUACAAUAAACCACAGGUCCAACUGCUGAGGACAGAAAACAGGUUUAAACUUGUCUUAAACCUUAAAUGGAACAAUAGAGCUAAAGUCCUUCUGGGCCGUCUGCAUCACAGGACGGGUGCUGUCUGUUUCUGCAGUAUAAUGGAUGUUCUCUACGGUCUCUGUCAGGAAUCAUGUGCAAAGUACAGAUUGUUUAUUUCUGGAGACAUUUUCAGUUCAUUUGCUUGUUUGUUGCACAUUUGUCUUCAGCUUUUAUGUUCUGGACCCAAGGGCAGACAUCUCUGAGAUGCCACAGCUUUAUUUUUCCAAUUUCUGUAAAAGAUUAUAACUUAUUGGCAUGUCCCAUUGGGGAGAAGAAACACAGCGUUGUUUCUUCUCUUUUCUUUUUUUCUGUCAACAAAAAAAUUAAAGCAUUCUCCAAGUAUGUUUUACUUAAAGUUCUUGUUUACAUGCGUAACUGCCGGAGCAGCACAUCAACAUUUUUUAGCUUUGUGCUACAAAUUCAAAAUGUCACACGUUAACACUGAUCAAAGCUCACUUUCUCCUAACAAAAUAAUAUUGCACGUAACAUCCUUGCACGCCAGCCGCCAUUAUUCUCACACUUAAUAUAUAUAUACUGACGUCCUCGCCUUUUGCAUUCACACAGAUGUAGUUUAUCCUCAUACACAAACAUCAGUAAGAAAGUCAUCU